GGUGUCUCUCGGCUGGGAACCCACGUGCGUUUGGACCGCCCGAGCGGCCCUCGGCGCAUCCGCUCCCUCAGCCCGCCAGCCUCCGAGACAGCAUCUAGACCCAGCAGCGACUCGGACUGCAGGUUCCGAACUUCACCGAGGACGUGAGCCAUUGAUGGGCUGGGACAAGACCCGGUUCCAGUGCCCGGGACGGUGGGUCCCCGUGCUGGCUGUCCUGCUGGGAGCCUGUCAGGCAUACCCCAUCCCAGACUCCAGCCCCCUCCUCCAAUUUGGGGGCCAAGUCCGGCGGCGGUACCUCUACACAGAUGACGCCCAGGAGACGGAGGCCCACCUGGAGAUCAGGGCGGACGGCACGGUGGCGGGGGCCGCCCGCCGCAGCCCCGAAGGUCUCUUGGAGCUCAAAGCCCUGAAGCCAGGUGUCAUUCAGAUCUUGGGAGUGGAGACUUCCAGGUUCCUGUGCCAGAGGCCAGAUGGGACCCUGUACGGAUCGCUCCACUUCGACCCCGAGGCCUGCAGCUUCCGGGAGCUGCUGCUGGAGGAUGGAUACAACAUCUACCAUUCGGAGGCCCACGGCCUCCCGCUGCGCCUGGGCCCCCGAAGAUCCCCAUCCUGGGACCCGCCCCACCGGGGGCCCGCCCGCUUCCUGCCGCUGCCAGGCCUGCCCCCAGAGCCCCCGGAGAGUCCAGGGGUCCGAGCCCCCGGCCCCCCGGACGUGAGCUCCUCGGACCCCCUCAGCAUGGUGUGGCCUUCCCUGGGCCACAGCCCCAGCUACGCAUCCUGAAGCCACAGGCCGCCUUUGACUGGGUCUCCUCUUUAUUUAUU